GUGAACAUGUGCUGAGAGAGUCCGAUCCUCUCUUUGCCUAUAAAAGGACAAAGCUCCCGAGGAUGUUUGUGAAAGUGCGCGCAAACAGGACAAGAACCAAAACCAAUUCCUCUUGUUCUGGUGUCUUUCAGUCCAUUCUAGCCCUAUCAACUUUUUGCAAUGGAGGAGAAGAUGAGUUGGGCAAUUUCGGAUGCUGUGGACUACAAAGGGUUCCCUGCAGACAGGUCCAAAACGGGUGGUUGGGUUCCUGCUGCUCUCAUUCUUGGGAUAGAGAUAUGUGAGAGGCUGUCAACAAUGGGAAUAGCUGUGAAUCUAGUGACGUAUUUGGGCGGGACCAUGCACUUGCCGAGCUCAACCUCGGCCAACAUCGUCACCGACUUCAUGGGCACCUCCUUCCUGCUCUGCUUGCUCGGCGGCUUCCUCGCUGACUCCUUUCUUGGCCGAUAUAGGACCAUCGCCAUCUUCACCCUCAUCCAAACUUUGGGCACGGCCACGCUAGCUCUAUCAGCAAAGCUCCCCCGGCUUCGCCCACCUCCGUGCCUACCUGACCGCCCAUGCGAGCAGGCAGAUGGGCUCCAGAUGGGGAUCCUCUACUUGGCCCUCUACCUUGUGGCCCUUGGCACCGGCGGCCUCAAGUCGAGCGUCUCGGGCUUUGGGACGGACCAGUUCGACGACAAGGACGAAAAGGAAAAGGCCCAGAUGGCCUAUUUCUUCAACCGGUUCUUCCUCUUCAUCAGCAUGGGAACCCUGACUGCCGUCACCGUGCUCGUGUACGUGCAGGACGAGGUCGGCCGGAGCAUUUCCUACGGGGCGUGCUCGGUCGCGAUGCUCAUCGCGAUCCUCGUGUUCUUGUCGGGGACGAGGAGGUAUAGGUACAAGAAGUGUUUGGGGAGUCCCAUUGUGCAGAUAAUGCAAGUUGUGGCGGCUUCGAUUAAGAAGAGGAGCUUGGAGGUUCCGUAUGAUGUUGGGUGCCUGUACGAGGAUGGUCCUGAAGGCUCUAGGAUUCAUCACACUGAUCAAUUUCAGUGCCUGGACAAGGCAGCGAUUGUCGCUGAAGGUGACUUCAUGAAAGACGGUCAUAAUUCCGCACCAAAUCCAUGGAAGCUGUGCUCGCUGACAAGAGUGGAGGAAGUGAAGAUGAUGAUAAGAUUGCUUCCGGUUUGGGCCACGACGAUCAUAUUCUGGACGACAUACGCACAGAUGAUCACGUUCUCGGUGGAGCAAGCUUCGACCAUGGAAAGGUCCAUUGGGACCUUUCAAAUUCCAGCCGGCUCACUCACCGUGUUCUUCGUGGCAGCUAUUAUGAUCACUCUUGCUGUUUAUGACCGGUUUAUCAUGCCUUUUUGGAAGAAAUGGAAAGGAAAACCAGGUUUCUCCAAUCUACAAAGAAUUGCAAUCGGACUAGUUCUUUCGACUUUAGGAAUGGCAGCUGCCGCAAUAACUGAGCGCAAGAGACUGUCAGUCGCCGUAUCGGUUGGCCGCACUACCACCACCCUGCCAGUGAGCGUGUUCCUACUGAUCCCACAAUUCUUCUUGGUAGGCUCCGGCGAGGCUUUCAUAUACACGGGCCAGCUUGACUUCUUCAUAACUCAAUCGCCCAAGGGCAUGAAGACCAUGAGCACUGGGCUCUUCCUGACGACUUUAUCACUAGGCUUCUUCGUCAGUAGCUUCCUGGUCUCUAUCGUGAAGAAGGCAACGGGCACCGAUGCUGGACAAGGAUGGUUGGCCGAUAACAUCAAUUAUGGGAGGCUCGAUUGCUUCUACGGAUUGCUAACGCUCCUGAGCCUAGUAAAUUUCGUUGCGUAUCUUGUCUGUGCAGCUUGGUGCAAGCCACAAAACCUUAAACCUACGAUGCAGAAGGAAAAGAUUGGCAACGGGUCAUCCAUGGAGGAGAAAGUUUGAUGCGGGCUUAAGUUUAUGAGGGAUUGGAAUGUCAAUAAUCACGUGGGAAACUGGAUUCGAGCGUGUUGAUGUUCAUUAGGGAAAAGUGAGAUUGGGGUGGAUAUACCUUUCACUUGUAAUUUUGAUUGGUCAUGGAAUAGUUUGGAUUUCCCCUAUGUUGCCUUUUCUUUUUCUGUAGGUGAGUACUCUGGUUUCCCAUACUUAUACAUGUUUCAUAUGUUUUGCCCCAUUCAUCGAAUGUAUUGAAAUAAAUGACAUUUUGGCAAAUUAAGUCCA